CUGAGUUCCUUGUACAAAUCUCUCUCCUCAUUCAGUGCUGCUGAGCUGUUUCUAAGAAGAGAUUGUGAGAAAAUCCAAUUUAGAAAAACACUCAUGAAGAAGACCUGGGAAGAAAAAAGCAACGUGAAAAACCUGCAAAGAAAAUUCAAAUAGCAGACAAGCAUUGGCUGCUUAAUACAGUCCUUGCUGCAGAAUGAAACUACCGGAAGAUUUAUUAUUCUAAAAGCAGAGCCUUAUUCCCAUCCAAAAAGGAAAGGCAUUGCUUUAUGACUCUAGAACUAAUUUGGUGGGACAAGAACAUUAUUUUUAGCCAGUGAAACUAUCGUAGCUCUGAAUCUCAAACAUAUGGAGCUUUAAAAAGUGCUUUUUUAAAAAGUGAAAAUGUUAAGUUACUUGCAUUUAUUCCCAUCUCCAUUGCUGACAUUUAAACAGAAUGGAAACCUUACCAGGAAGAGACCGGAAACUCUGUAACCAUUCUACUGAGGCUGGCUGAAGUAGAUUUAAGGAUGUCUGGUACUCCGUUUUCUCUUUCUUUUUCAGGUGGUGGUUUUCUUGCAAUUUAUGAAAUAGGUGUAAUCCAGGGUUUAUUGGAACAAGCGCCUGAAAUUCUGAGAUCUGCACCAAAAGUAUAUGGAGCAUCAUCUGGAUCAAUCAUGGCAGCAGCUGUGGUGUGUGGACUAAGUCUUGAUGAUGUUAAAAAGUGUUUAUAUGGAGCUGCCAGAGAUGCCCGGAGAACCAUUCUUGGUCCCCUUGCCCCUGGUUGCAGCGUUGUACGGAUCCUGCAGAAGCGGCUGUCCCAAAUUCUGCCAGAGAACGCCCACCGGAUGGCCACAGGAAGGCUUUAUAUUUCUCUCACACGUUUAGUAGAUGGGCAGAAUGUUGUGGUUUCCGAGUAUAAUUCCAAGGAAGAGCUUAUUCAGGCAUUGAUUUGCAGCUGCUUUGUCCCAAUCUAUGCUGGAUUCAUCCCUCCCUCCUUCCGAGGUGUGCGGUAUGUUGAUGGUGGCUUCACUAACUUGCAACCUCGUUCUGACCUAGAGACUGCCAUCACAGUGUCUCCAUUUACAGGAGAGAUUGACAUAUGUCCUCGAGACUGCCCAGCCAUCUUCUACAGCUUGCAUAUUGUACAUGGCAGCAUUCAGAUCUCCCUAGAGAACUUGUGCAGGAUUGGCUAUGCUCUGUUCCCACCCAGCUACCGGAUUAUGAAUGAAUUUUAUUCACAAGGCUAUCGAGAUGCCAUUUUCUUCUUACAUAGAAACAACAUUUUUGACAUAGGUUAUCUUGCCAAGACAGUGACUUUUGAAUUUGUUGGUGUGUUCAGUAAAAAAGAUUUGUUUCAUGCUGGUAAAGAGCCUUCUUGUCAAAAUCAAGGGACAAGAGUCAUCAACACAACUAAUGGGACAGAUUCUAAAGACUUUUUAUGGCAUUCUGUGAUUAGUGGACUACACAGAGUUGGCAUCAGAGUAUUGCAACACCUGCCACUGCAUUGUCGAAAAGCUUCUGCUGUCAUGAACAAUCAGAAAAGGUCUGGAUUGCUAAACUCAGUAGCAGGAUUCAUUCUGCAUCAUUUAACAAGUCCAACACGAGUGGCAUGGUCUUUCUAUAAAAGGCUAUUGCGGCUGUGGAAGAGGUCAUCUGGUCUGGAAAACAAUUCUGAAGGUCUCAAAAGUGAUUCUUUGUCAAAUACAGCCAGGGCAAACUGAUAAGAAAUCAAUAUUGUUUCAAUCUAAAAACUUUAAAAAUAUUCAAGAACUGAAGGAACUGAAACUUCUGCAAAGAGCAUUCAGCCUUUCUGUCUUCAUGAAUAAAAGCUGCACUGCUUGCCAAAAUUCUAUUGGAUGAUUUCCCAUUUCCCCUCCCCGAAGUAUUACAAAGCCCAUGAAUAGUAUCUGACAUUACAACUGUUUGGCCAUGAAAGGGCUCAGAGUCAAGAGUGUGACAACCAAUUUUUUACCUUUACAUCUGGCUUUAAAUCAUUCAUACUUGAAUGGUAGGUAUGAAGAAAAAAUAGAAAUAUAUGUCUGUUUCUAUAGGCAAUGGCUAUGAACCUAUACACUGGAAUAUAAUGUCUAGUGAUUUGCUUUACAGAUCAAACACCAAAGUAAUUGUUGUCAUAGCUGGACAAUUUAUUUUCAAGGUACAGAUCACUGAACUCCUGUUUCUCAGAUGAGGUUUUGGACCAUCAAUCAGUUCGACUAGUCCACCGCUGUUGGCAACUCCUAGGAGAAGACAGGUAGCCCCUGGGUAGCUGCCAGCUGCCCUUUUGCAGCUGGAAGAAGACAUCAUACUCCUAGAUGUUCAGUAUACUAGUAUGUUUUCACUGGAGUCAGAUGCUAUAUGGCUGCCCUAGUUCUCCUGAUCACUAAUUGGCUUUAGUGAUGUGCUCCAGAGUUGAAAAU